AUGGCCGACCAACCAAAGCAAGGGAUGGAAAAUUUCUACUAUGAGAACCCUGAGCUCAGCGAUGAGGCAAAGGCCAUCCUGAAGAACUACAGUGGUAUCCCCGAGACAGAGCAGACUGCUCAUGUGCGUGCUGUGCGAGACAAAGCAUGGCAACUCUACAGAUAUCCCUGCAUUGGCAGAUUCGCCUUCAUCACCUUCAGCAUCGGCCAAUCAGAACACUACCACGACGCCCUGCAGCGCCUCAAGUCCGGGCAGAACCUGCUAGACCUGGCCUGCUGUUUCGGCCAAGACCUCCGCAAACUCGUGAUCGACGGCGCGCCGCCCGAGAACGUCGUCGGCAGCGAGCUCGAGCAGGGCUUCAUCGAUCUAGGCUACGAGCUUUUCAACGACAGCCCAGAGAAGCUGAAAGCGAAGUUUAUCGCAGCAGACUUCUUCGACAACUCCGGUUCGCCAGCGCCAGGCUUGGAAGAGCACUCGUACGACAUGAUCCACGCGGCCUCGUUUUUCCACCUGUUCGGCUGGGACGAGCAGGUCGCGGCUUGGGACCGGGCGCUGAAGAUGCUGAAGCCGAAACCGGGAUCGAUGAUCUUUGGCAGACAGACCGCUGUGGCGAGGGCUACGGUGCUGAAGCAUCCUGCGACUCGCUCCGGGGAGAUGUACAGACAUGAUCUCGAGAGCUUCAGAGAUCUCGUUGCUGGAGUGGCUGAGAAGAGCGGCAUUGAGGUGGAUAUCGAGGUGCACUAUGUUGAUGGCAGACUGGGAGCGAUGUCGGCUGAGGGAUGGAAGAUGGUGCGGUUCUGCGUGUCGCUGAAAUGA